CCCCCCAUCCCCCCGUGUCUGGUGUCUCGCUCCUGAGCCCACCAGCAACCCCUUCUCGCCGCUGCGUGUCGCGUCGUUUUCGUCAUCAUGAAUUCUCGCGAGCAUUCCGACAUGCCUCCGGCGCCGUCGUACCCGUCGCCCAACGCCGCUCAGAUGAGCCAAGGAGCCAUGUACUACAACCGCCAGCUGACCGCCGACGAGCUGUUAUCUGCAGAGCUUUCGCGGGAAACCUCGGGCGCCAACCUUGCCGAUGGCUCUGCGAACGGUGUACACCACGGUCAGUCGAUGGUGUUGGGCUCCUCGAAUCCUGGCGGUCCGGACAUGGGUCGCCCCCCGUCUGCCGACCACCAACAACAACACAUGCUGCAGUUCACACCCAGCCAACAGGUUGGGGUCGAUCCGAACCAUGAUCUGAGUUACGGAGACCAAAGUGCGCGUCGGAAGCGCUCCAAAAUCUCACGGGCAUGCGAUGAGUGCAGGCGCAAGAAGGUCCGCUGUGAUGCUAGCUCAGAGUCUGGUGUCGAGACAUGCUCGAACUGCCGCCGUUUGGGGGUGGUCUGCCAAUUCAGUCGCGUCCCCAUGAAACGCGGUCCAAGCAAAGGAUACAUCAAGGAGCUCGCAGAGAGACUGCACACGCUGGAAAGUCAGAUGCAGCCCGCCAUGGUUCACCCGGACAUGCAGUACCCGCCGAUGAAUGAGGUCUCGUCGCCACGCGGUUAUCACGAGUUCUCUCCAUCUAUGGACCCUGGCAUGGGUCGGAAGAGAACGUAUUCUGUGUUUGAAGGACUUCCGAAUACUUCGUUUGCGCAGCCUCAGUUCAACCCUCGGGCUUCCCAGCAUGCGUAUGAUACUGGAGAUGCACCUACAGACCCUGAAAAUCCUACGGCCAUAAAUGCCACCGCACCCAAACCUGGAAAUCUGUUCUGGUCGCCUGACAAUGAAGGCGAAAUUCCUCAAGGCGCUCUGGACGUGGCAGAUAUGGCUAAACAAGCUAUUGAAGACGACAUGACUCCGUUGGAUGUGGAUGACGGGGCACUGAAUGCUUACUACUUGAAUAUCCAUGCUUUCAUGCCGAUCCUACCUCAUUCAAAGGAACGCUUGGUAGAGAUCUUGCAUCAAUGCACCCGUGAGAUCCAAGAGGUCUUUCUAUACGCUCUCUACACCGUCGUCCGAACCAACAUGGGCCGUGUGGCGACGACCUUCGAGAAAAUAGAGUCGUUUGAGAGCGCGCAAGAGAUCGCUGUCUUCUACGGUCGGCAACCCGCAAUUGGACGCCCCAACGCCUUCAAUACCAUCCUACUUCAAGCCCUGCUGCUCAUGAUUCUCGACUGUGAUGCUCGUGGACCGGAGAAUUUGACGGCAAAGAAUGGUCUUUCCAAGCAGGCCUUGAUUCAAUCUGCGAACAAGCUCGCAUGCACUCAGGCGAAGGUAUUCGACCAGCUGAGGGCUAAGCGACCGGCCAACCCUGAUGUCGAUGGGCAUGCCAACCUGACGCGGCGUAAUUGGAUUUCCUUGAACAUCCUCGAACGCUGGUACGCCAUCAGCGUCGCGGACCCCAGUGUUCUCGGCACCUUUGAAAUUGGUGGACUGGAGGACGAGAAAAUCUCAUCCACGACCUUAGUCCAGAUGGGCUCUUAUUCGUCGUUUCUUCCUGAAAUUCUCACAAUGGCCCUGACCGAGCCCAAUGUUUGCCAGAGUAACACUGGUAUGGCUCGCAUGGUUGCGGCCAACUUGAAGGCAUCCCUGGAGCGCCUGGCGGAUAUCGAGCGUUUUCGCAAGCCUCACGAAGUCCCCGACGACGCCAGCGCUCCCUUCUCUCUCGACUACCUCGAGCCGCAGAUGUACUGGACAAUCCGACUGCUUAUCAAGCGCCACAUCUACGUGUACAGCCCAUACGAAGUCUUCCACGCGGCCGUGGAGCUCGUGCUCGAAAUGCACAAACAGACCACCGUCGGCACACGCCUGGUGAGCCCAUUCGACCUCCAUAGCCUUGCACUGGCCACGAUGACCCUUCUGGAAGCAUCGGUUAUCCCCGAGUUGACCUCCGAAUGCUGGGAGUAUAUCAAGCGUGUCGAAGAGAUCCUCGAUCGCCGCGCCAGCAAGAGCGCCGAGCCGGGCGAGUUCCAGGGCAUCUUCACCACUCCGCUGUGGGACGAAAAAUUGCGCGUCUUCAUCGACUGGCGACGCUCCAAGUCUCAGGAGAGUCAACUUCAGGAUCCCGCCCUGAGCAAGGGUAACGCCUCGGGCUCCUCUGCACCACCCAUCGUUGGGCCCAGCGAACAGCGCUCCCUGCAGCACCUCGCUGAUCUUGCCGUCGGAGCUGAAGGCUCCGUCACCGCCGCCGCCGGAGGCGGUCCAUCCACCCCACCGCCCGCCGACAAUAUGGCCAUGGACACGUCAGAUCUGAAUGCCACGACAUCUCCGCACAUCUCCUCGGUGAUGCCCCAUAUCCUUGGCCGGGUGGUUGUUGACUUUACUGUUCUCACGCAUGAGGGCUAUCUGAAUGUCUUUGCAGGCCUUGUCUAUCGUCGUCGCUAGUUUAUUUUUUUUGGGGGGGGGGGGGUAAAAA